UCACACUCUGAGGCAAGGCUUCCUAGCAAGACAGUGUUGUACCAAGGAAAGAAAGCAGAACAACCUCUGUUGAAUUGGGGAUACUCACAAAACCACCAGAGCCAGUAUAUACUCCUACUAUAAAUAAAGGAACAGCUGGAUUGCAGAGAAGUUCUCAGAGGAUUACUGAACAACCCAAAGGCACACAUACUUUGGAUCUGAGCUCAUUUUCUGGUAUCAAAACCCUUGAGCCAACUUCUGAUUCCAGCUAGAGAGACUUAAAAGUAGGGUUGUUUCGUCAGUUGAGGCUCAACACACUACAGAGAAAGUUUCCAGUACCACGAACUGCACCAUGGUGGUGCAGAAUAAUCUGGACCUUGGGGAUACUAGGAAAGGGGUCCUGCUGGAACCAUUCAUCCACCAGGUUGGAGGCCACAUGAGCAUGAUGAAGUAUGAUGACUACACCGUCUGCAAGCCCCUUGUCUCCCAGGAGCAAUGGUUUUAUGAAUCUCUCCCCACAGCAAUGAAACGAUUCACGCCUCAGUACAAAGGUAUUAUUUCUGUACAUCUCAAGAAGGAUGGCAUGGGCAAUCUGAGCCUCAUAGCCUGCCCCCAAACAGACAGACGCAGUUCCUUGGAUAAUGCCUCAAAGGAAUGUUCAAUGACAAUAUGGCAGAAACUCAACCAAGCAAACACCAGUAAUGGUGACCACACAUUUGUCAAGUGGAAUCAUGACCACCUCACAAGCACCAUCAAAGAUAGCUGUCAGGAGGAGGCAAUACUGCAGACUGACCUUCAGUAUCAGAAAGAUGUAUCGUCACUUAUGGAGGAUGCCAAUGGGAACCAGGCAGAAAAGAACAGCUACAACCCCUGGGCACUGCACUGCCACAAACAGCAUCUAAACCGCAUGUCUUCCAAGUAUAAUGAGAACAAACCACAUCAAUUUCUAUUGCUUGAAAAUGUGGUAUCCAAAUAUAAAUGCCCAUGCAUUCUGGACUUAAAAAUGGGAACCAGGCAGCAUGGUGAUGAUGCAUCAGAAGAGAAAAAAGCACGCCACAUAAAGAAAUGUGAACAGAGUACAUCAGCAUCCCUUGGAGUCCGUAUUUGUGGCAUGCAGGUUUACCAGGCAGACACGGACCAGUAUCUCUGCAAAGAUAAAUACUAUGGACGGAAACUCUCACCUGAGGGCUUCAGGCAGGCCAUCUACCAGUUCCUUCACAAUGGGAAUAAUUUUAGAACAGACCUUGUGGAACCUAUUUUGUCUCAGCUGAAGGCUUUGCUAUCGGUCAUUAAAAAACAGAGCACUUACAGGUUCUACUCCAGCUCACUUCUCAUAAACUAUGAGGGACUGGAAAAGGCUAUUUCUCUGGACAAUCACUCACAGGAUCACUGUCAGCAUACUAGCUGUCCCAUUUCACAGGGAAACAGCUAUCCUAAUGUUGAUGUCUAUAUGAUAGACUUUGCUCAUACAACAUACAAAGGCUCACGGUAUAAUCAGACUGUCUAUGAUGGCCCAGAUCAUGGCUACAUUUUUGGUUUAGAAAAUCUAAUAAAAAUUUUUCAGAGUAUCCCUGUUGGAGAAUGACAACCACUGAACUGACAAGAGACUCUAUGACCGUGAAAAGCAGAACAUGUACAUUGGGCCGCUUCCAGCAACAACAUCACCAUGCAGUGCUUUAAAAAUAAUAAAGCAGGCACUGUGCUAGAUAAAAAGCUCAGAUGAUGCUACAUGCUAUUGUGGAAUUGCUAGAAUCCAUCGUGACUGUGAUCUGUCGGAAUACUAUUUUCCUCUCUUGUUUUAAUGUUGGACAUUCAUAUGAUCUGUGGGAUAGAAGAAAAUGUUACUUGAAAGGAAUUUUAACAGUUGUUGAGCACAAUUCAGACUUGCAAGGCCAACCAAGGCCAACCAAAUACUGAUGAAAAAUAACUAUGUAGACAGGUCGGUGGGUUCUUAAAAAUCUGCAAGUUUACAUUUUCACUCACUCAAGUUUGAUGGGCCAAAGACUUCCAAAUGCAUAGUUGGAUCACAAUUGCCUCUUAACAUAUUCAGAUGUCAAACACUGGUACUUUAAAAACUAACUGUAUAUUAAUUCCUUGAUUUUUUGUGUUCCACACCAGUCCAUGUGGCAAUGUAUGUUCCAAGGAAUGUAUAUGUCAACCAAAAGGUGGGGACAGAAACCCAAACCAGCAGCAGCCAGGUUCCAUGGCACCUCCUAGAAUAAAGAAGACCUUUGAUGUAAAGAUCUAGAAAAGGACUUGUUACAAAGAGGGUGCAAAAUCUGAAAUAGCAAUCAUGAAGGGACUUACACCAUGACAUUUUAUGUUGGAGAAACUUUGUCUGAGGAAUUAAACAGAGGUUAAAGGCAUGGGUGCACAGAUCAUCAGGAUAAGGGCCCAAGUGUCAUCUAGACAAUUCAUUUCAUUUCUGUGCAUGGAUAUUUGUGUGUGAGUGGAGAAAUAUUACAAAUACUUGACAAAAUGUUUACAGGAUUUGUGGACAGCUGUAAAUAUGGAGCUACCAAAUAGAAUAAGUUCCUUCAUAUGUUGCACUGGAAAGCUAUUAGAAUGUUUUUAGAUACUGCAUAGACUAGAGAUAUAAAGCCCAACAACAAAAUGGGAACGUCAAACUGUAAAUAAAUUGUACAGGCUUUGUAACA